GUCCUAACUAGAGGUCCCCAGAAAAGAAAAAUCUUCAGAAGAAAAGACACGUACGCAACUUCGCCUUGAAAACUUCGAAGACUUCGUGGCGCUCAAAGGACAUUUUGGAUUUAAGAAUUUGGAUGCUAGAUUUUUGUCGACUUCCGAAAUUGUCAGCCUAAAGAGAGUACAGCAGAAUGCGGACGUUAGUGUUACUGAGCCUGCUAGGCCUGAUAGUAACAUGUCAGGCGGAGGUGUUCACGUCAUUGGUCGAUCUAGAACAUGUGAUCUACACAGAGAGCAGCAUGCUGGAUGCGUUAAGGGAAUACGUCAAGCAGGAGGAACUGAAAAUUCAGAAAGUCAAAAAGUUGAUGGAUGAGUUGCAGAAAGCCAACACAGAGGCAGUACAGGACCCAGAACACUACCUGUCCCAUCCAGUCAACGGCUUGCUGUUGGUCAAGAGAUUCAUUUGGGAGUGGUCCGAGGUGGAGAACAUCAUCCGGCUAGACGUCCCCAAAACAAAUUAUCUGGUGAACAUCUCUCAGUAUCGUGACUAUUUCCCCGCCAAUGAGGAUCUGAAGGGGGCCGGGGCUGCCUUGCUACGUCUUCAAGACACGUACAAACUGGACACGAAGUCAAUCGCGGACGGGAAUAUAGAAGGAACGUGGAAGUCGCCUCCGCUCACCGCUCACGAGUGUUUUGAGAUCGGCCGCAUCGCCUACAAUGCCAUCGAUUACUUCCACUCUCGUCUGUGGAUGUUGGAGGCUUUGCACCGCGUGGAGCGACAGGACGAUCCCGACAAGACUGUGGAGAAAGCAGACAUCUUAGAUUACCUCUCAUUCAUAUUGUACAUGAAUGGCGAUAUGGACCAGGCCUUGUCAUACACAGAGCAGUUGUUAGCAAUAGACCCAGAGCACGAGCGCGGCAACAGCAACAAGCGCUACUUUGAGUACCACGUCUCCAAGAAGCAGCAGCCCCGAGGCGAGGAUGACGAGGAGGAGGAUGAAGAUGAUGAUGAGGGGUGGGUGGAGGUGGAUGAGACCAAGAAGAAGCCAGAGGAACUAGGUCCGAAUACGUCACCAGAGAGACAAGCGUAUCAGGCUCUGUGCAGGGGAGAGGCCCAUGCUGUUAAGGCCCCAAAGAAUCAGCGCAUCAUGAAGUGUCACUACCGACACUACAACAAUCCCCGCCUGUACAUCCAGCCGGCUAAGGAAGAGGUCAUCUUCGACCACCCUAGGCUGAAAAUAUUCCACGACAUCCUGAAUGACGUUGAGAUUGCCAGAGUCAAGGCCCUGGCCGCCCCACGGUUGAACAGGGCGACGAUUCAGAACCCAGUGACAGGCAAGUUGGAAUACGCCGACUACCGCAUCAGCAAAAGCGCCUGGCUGCGGGAGGAUCUCGACCCUAUGGUCACAGCGAUCAGAACCAGGGUAUCUGACUAUUCAGGAUUGGAACUGAAAACUGCAGAAGAACUACAGGUGGUUAAUUACGGAAUCGGUGGGCACUAUGAGCCACACUUUGACUUUGCCAGAAAAGAAGAGACCAAUGCGUUCAAAGACCUGGGUACCGGCAAUCGUAUUGCCACAAUGCUGUUCUACAUGAGCGACGUACCGGCAGGAGGGGCCACUGUGUUUCCUUUGGUUGGCGCCAGAGUACUCCCUAGAAAGGGUACGGGAGCUUUCUGGUUCAAUUUGUUCCCGUCCGGUGAAGGUGAUUACGACACAAGACACGCAGCGUGUCCCGUCUUAGCAGGAUCCAAGUGGGUUUCCAACAUAUGGAUCCAUGAGCACGGACAGGAGUUCCGUCGCAAAUGUGGAAUAACCCCAGACGUCAAAUAUUAGAACCGUCUGAUAACUGGAUCUUCAGAAUUUGGCUUUUUUCUUUUUGCCUUUAAAUUUGUAACUAUAGUUUCAAUUUUUUUUUUCUUUUAAAGUAAUUUUGAAAAAGAAAUUUAUAAUAACUGCCAAAUAAUUUGACAAAACCGAAAUCAUCAAAAUAAAAAUCAUGUAUCAAACGAGAUGAUCGGUGUAUAUCAUUGGAUGCUUGAUGAUUUUGCUUUAAUUAUGGAGUUUGUUGCCAUCGUAUUUGCCGCAAGUGUUAGGUAUUGCUUAUUUGUAUGAGACAUUUUGGUAAUUAUAAUUCUGUGAUUUGUGUUUUGAUUGUGUAUCAUUUAUUCUAGUGUGUUGAAGGAACAAGUGCUGAUGAGAUUAACAAAAAAAUUAGCAAUAAUUUUAAAGCAUCAAUUUCAUCGAAUUCGGCAGAACGUUUAAACAGUAUU